CUAGCCUUAAUAUCUUGGGUUUGACCGUAUUUUAUGACUUCGCAUACAUGUUCUGUUCCGUUGUUGUCUGAGUAUCUAAAACGCCGGUACUGUAACCGACAAAAUGGAUCAUAUCAUCGCAGAGCGUGAAAAUCAAAGUCUUUCCUUCAAACCAGAGCUGUCUUUGAAGACGCCACUGAAAUCCAUGAGAACUCCUCUACGUCCUGGUCGAAAGGCUUUCGGGACUCUCAACACGCAGUUGUUGUCCACACCUGUUGUCAAUAAGCAGGAGAAGAAGACUGAGAAGCUUCAGGUUGGGGGUGUACCUGUCAUGCGUCAUAAUCAUGAAGCCAAAGUGAAGCAUGCAGCUCAGAAGAAAGCAGAGGACUAUCCAGAGAUUGAGAAACUCAUUCCCUAUGAUCCGUUGGAGUUUGAGAAAUACAGUGUUCCAGAGGAUUUAGUUCCUCUCGGUAGUCUUGCUUUGGCUGGUCUGGCUUUCCCACAAAUGCCUUCUCCCUCCGAAGAUGACCUGCAUCCUUACCUGCCUCCGCUCCCAAGCAUGUCACCUGAGAGAAUGCCUCAACGCUCGGAUGGCUCUGAGUAUGACACAUUCCUCCAAACAAUUGAGGAGCUGACCAUUGAGUUACCUCCGGAGCCUGACACUGACUGAAAUGUUUAGUCAGCCUUCUGGUCAUACUGUUACCUUUUUGUAAUUUGAAUGUUUUAAGGUAUUAAACAAUUGUUUCUAUUUA